GUCGCGCUAACAGGCCCAGUCGGAGCAUCCCCAUCGAGUCCUCGUCAGCUUACGUCAGCUUCUUUAAGACAGUUGGUGUGUGUCGAGGGCGUCGCUACCAAAGUGUCUACAAUAAAACCCAAAGUCGUACAAUCUGUACACUAUUGUCCAACCACAACACAACACUCGUCUCGGGAAUACAUUGACGCUACUGACCCGCACUUGGGUCUUAACGCCGUCGACACUACCGGUCGGGAAAUCCCGGAUAGGGUCAUUCAUAUUACACCUUCUGUGUACCCUACCAAAGAUAAAGAAGGGCACGCGCUCGAAACGGAAUACGGCCUGUCGACCUUCAAAGACCAUCAAACAAUUGUUUUGCAGGAAAUGCCCGAAAAAGCUCCCAUGGGACAGCUUCCACGAUCGGUCGAACUGGUGCUUGACCACGACCUCGUCGAUCGUAUUAAACCAGGGGAUCGGGUACGCGUAGUCGGAACUUACCGGGCAUUAGCAGUUUCCUCCAACGGUCAACAGAGUUCUUCGGGAGUUUUCCGGACUGUAGUGCUAGUCAACCACGUUCAGACGAUCGGGGUAAGCACAAGCAGACUGCAUUUUCACGAAAACGAUGUUCCGAAUAUCAAAGAGUUGGCUGCUCAGCCCAACAUUCUGGAUGUGUUGGGACGGUCCGUGGCACCAUCAAUACACGGACAUGAUAUUAUCAAGAAGGCACUCGUAUUGCAACUCUUGGCAGGGGUCGAGAAAAACUUGGAGAACGGUACACACUUACGAGGGGAUAUUAACAUUCUAAUGGUUGGCGAUCCAUCGACAGCUAAAUCUCAACUGCUACGAAGCGCAAUGACUAUUGCACCGUUGGCCGUUUCAACCACAGGGAAAGGUUCAUCUGGUGUUGGUCUGACGGCUGCCGUGACAUCAGAUCCGGACACUCGUGAACGUCGUCUCGAAGCUGGUGCUAUGGUGCUCGCCGACCGUGGCCUCGUGUGCGUAGACGAAUUCGACAAAAUGGGCGAGAACGAUCGUGUUGCCAUUCACGAGGCAAUGGAGCAGCAAACAGUGACGAUCGCGAAGGCCGGUAUCCAUGCCAGUCUUAAUGCUCGCUGCGCUGUGCUCGCUGCCGCCAACCCUGUUUACGGGCAGUAUGACCGGCGACGCAAAAUCCAAGAGAAUAUUGGGUUACCGGAUUCCUUGCUCUCUCGUUUCGAUUUGCUCUUUGUAGUCCUCGAUCAGAUGGACCCCGAAACGGAUCGACUUAUUGCCGCUCACGUCAUUGGUGGACACCGCUACCGAGAUGAUGAUGGUGAAGAUGACGAGUCGGACGACGAUCAAGAACACUCACCACCGCAGUCGAUCUGGCAACGCCGGCGGAGAAACGCGGCUACCAACGAAGACGCUUUAACUCACGAUUUUCUGCGCAAGUACCUGCAUUACGCGAAGUCCCGCGUAUCGCCAGUCCUUACCGAAGCAGCACGUGAAUUUAUCGCCCAAAAGUACGCUGAAAUGCGAUCUCGUCAAGACGACCGAACCCUCCCCAUUACCGCUCGUUCAUUAGAAACAGUCAUUCGUCUGGCAACGGCUCAUGCCAAGGCCCGGUUGAAUGCAACCGUCGAACACGAAGAUUGUGUGGUUGCAAUGGACUUGCUGAGCUUCGCCCUCUAUCACG